AUGCCAGCGCUCCAUCUGCGCCAAGAAUUCCCCUCUCUAAAAGCAUUCAAGGAAGCGCUUCAUGCAUGGGCCAUUGAAGCACAUUUUGAGCCGAAAAUUCUGAAGAGUGAUACGGGGAGGGUGAGGGUUGGGUGUAAGAGGGAUACCCAGUGUGGGUUUGUGGUGAGGUGUAAUUGGGAGAGGAGGGGGGGGAGGGAACCGUUGGCUAGGGUUACGGUGUUGAGGGAGAGGCAUAGUUGUUUGGAUGGGGUGGGGGGAGGAGGCGGAGGGGGAGGCGGGGCGAGGGGACAGGGACAGGGACAGGGGAAUGGGGGUUGGGAUGGGGAUGCUGGGGGGAUGGGUAUGGGUCAGGGUGGGAAUGGUAAUGGGAAUGGGAAUGGGAAUGGAAAUGGAGGAAUGGGGAUACCCCAAGGUAUGGUAGUUGGGACUGGAGAAGGUGAGAAUGGACAUAUUAUACCCGGAGCGCGAAUCAUUGAACAACAUAACGGAGGAGGAGGAAAUAAUGGAAUAUCAAUACCCAGACAGGUAAUACCAGUUUUACCGAAAGUACAACGAAAUAGCGCGAGUCGAUUACCCUUUUUAAUGGGCAUCUUACCGAAAUUAAUGACGAUUACAAAAGAAACAACGCCAGUGGAGAUUCGAGAUUGUUUGAUGAGGGAAUUUGGGGCUGAGGUUCAUUUACAACAGUGUAGGAGGGCGAAGACGGAAAUUCUUAAGAAAGGGGGGAGUGGGGGUGGGGGUGGGGGACAGGGAGGAAGAGGAAGCUUGGGGAGCGAUGGGACGAAUGAUGGAUGUGUGAGUGCGGGUGCGAGUGGCAGUGGUAAUAUGAAUAUGAGUAUGAGUAUGAGUGCAGGAAAUAGUACAGGAGGUACAGGUGCAGGUACAGGUACCAACACAACCGCACUACAAACCAACACCCACAACCAUAACCACACCCACAUCCCCGCAAAUCCAAUCCCAAAUCCACUCCUCUUCCCCGAUAUUAAUACCCACGCCAACGUAAACGCAUCAUUACCUUUGAAUACUGGAGUUUCGGCACCUCAACUUGGUCAUAGUAAUGGUAAUAGGAUUGAGGACCCUACACCUAUUCAUAUACCUAUAACAUCAAGUGGCGGAAGUCCCUCGAGGUUUACUAUGCGGAGUGCUGGCUCAGGUGCUGGUGCGCAGCGAAUUGUUACGCCGGGUGUGGGUAGUGUUGGUGCUAGUGUGGAUGGUUUGGAGAGGGGUUUGGAGAGAGGUGUGGGCGCGGGUGGUGAGGUCAAUCUGGAUGUGGGGAGUGGGAGGAGUGGGAGUGGAGGUGGAAAUGGGAGUGGAAUGGGAAUGGAAAUUGGAAUUGGAAUGGAUCAGCCGGUUAGAUGUCCUUUUUGUAGGAAUUUGAGGUGGUUGAGGAGUAUUGGGGAUGCGGUGGAUCAUUUGAGUAUGCAUGUUGUUGUUUGA